CGUGUGUGUGUGUUUGGGGACAUAUGCACGUGAGAAUACGUGUACGUUUAGGUCAGUCGUCCAUUGACACCGGCGGGAUUCCAGCAGCAACAGUGGGGCGACGGACGGACUGUUUCUGUCUGAAAGUAGCGGCACACAGGGCAUGGCACUGUGUGGAGCCAAGGGGGCACGUUUCUUGGGGCCCAAUGUGUACCCAGAGGCCCCUGAUGGAGGCUGGGGAUGGGUGGUGGCCGUGGCCUUCUUCUUUGUGGAGGUCUUCACCUAUGGCAUCAUCAAGAGCUUUGGCAUCUUCCUCCAGGACCUAAUGAAGGAGUUUGGGGAGACCAACAGUAGGGUCUCCUGGAUUGUUUCCAUCUGCGUGUUUGUCAUGACCUUCAAUGGUCCUCUCUCCUCUGUGAUGACUAACCGCUUUGGAUUCCAACUUGUUGUAAUGAUUGGAGGAUUACUUAUCUCCACGGGUACUAUUGCCACCAGCUUUACCAGCUCCGUCAAUCAAAUGUACAUCACCUAUGGAUUAGUUACAGGUUUGGGCUACUGUCUGACCUUCCUGCCCACUGUGACCAUCCUCUCCCAGUACUUUACCCGUCGACGGACUCUGGUCACAGCUGUGGCUUCCACUGGAGAGUCCCUGUCCAUGUUUGCUCUGGCACCAGCCUUUUCUGCAUUGAGGGACCAUAUUGGCUGGCGACACAGCAUGGCAGUGAUAGGAGCUUUACAAAGCAUCAUCAUUAUCUGUGGUGCUCUGCUCCGGCCAAUCAUUAUCAAACCCAGAGCGACCACUGCAACAGAGACUGACUUAUCAUCCACAAAGGAACUGGAGGCCCUCAGUACACGACAGAAUCGAGAGGGCACAAACCCAGAAGACUCUAUGACAAGCAAUGCACAUGCACAAAAUACCUCCCACAGUCUGGACAAUGAGCUAACCAGAGGCUCUGUGAGCACCGGAGACUCUGGUGUUCAAUCUCUAAAGGACACAGACAGCAGCAGCGCAGAGGAAAAGACUUUACUGGACAAAGGAGCAAGGUUAGAAACAGAACAGACAUCUGUGGAAAACAGUAUGGCAAAGAUUACCGAGUCUGAAACCGAGGAGAAAAACAGUAAAGAUGAAGAGAAACACUUGAUGAAAGAUGAGGAAAUGAAAACAGAUGAUGAAAAGGCAAAGAACUCAAAAUUUCUAGAUUUCUCCGUCCUCAGAGAGUGCAGUUUCAUUCUCUAUUCUCUGUUCGGACUGUUCGCCACGCUCGGCUUCUUCGCCCCUCCACUCUACAUCAUUGAGCUAAGUGUGAGUCGAGGUGUGGAGCGAGACAGCGCCAGCUACAUGCUCUCCACCAUGGCCGUGACCGAAAUCAUUGGCCGAUUCUUCGUUGGAUGGAUCCUAUCACGGAAGCAGUUAGUCAAGAAGAAGCUGCUUGUGCUUCUGGCGUGUGUGAUUGCAAUGACUGCAGACCUGGUGGGGUUUACUUUGGUUAGGGAGUUUUAUGGCCUGGUUGUUUGCUGCGCUUUGUAUGGUUUCUUUAUGGGAACCCUGGCGUGCACCCACAUCCCCAUGCUGGCUGAGGAUGACGUGGUGGGCAUAGAGAGGAUGUCUUCAGCUGCUGGUGUUUAUGUUUUCAUACAAAGCUUUGCUGGGCUGGCUGGACCCCCACUUGGAGGCGCACUGGUGGAUGUGACUCGGAAUUACGGAUCAGCCUUCUACUCCUGUGCUGCCGGCAUGGCACUUAGUGCCGUGUUCCUGGGUUUAGUAAAACCUGCAAAGAGAGGAUUACUCUGCAGGAAAAGGGACUCAAAACAUGCUGAAUACAUACAUGAAAGGAAAGGGGACUCAGAAGAACAGAGUGCAGUGAAUAAACGGGUCAUUGCCAGUCCAGUUGAGUUAGAUGACAACAUGGUCCAGGAUAAGGCAGAGGCCACAAGAGAUGUCCAGGGGGUUGUACGUUUUGCUUGAGCUGAUAACAGUAGGAUAUGGGUAAUAAAAGGGUCAAGCCAUAUGAGGGUAAAAGACUGUAAAGACUACUGCUAGCAAGUGAAAGUGAAAUGAAUACAAUGAACAUAAAGACCAAUAUUAAGUGUUUAUGAUCUGAUCUGAUGAUCCGCCAUUGUAGAUCUGGGCUCUGAGAGCAAACUAGAACUUUUAGACCACGUAUGUAUCAAAUGUGCCUUACAUGAUUUAUGUACCAAACAGUGUUUUUCUAGAGCCAGUACUGUUAAAAUUAAAGAAUAUAUUAUUAAAUUAGCUUUAAGUGAGUAAACGUUUGAUAUAGUCUCGCUUUAAAUGACAACAGUGUGAGAUGUGGAAGUAUGGAUGUAUUCAAAUGGACCAUGAGUUAGUUUUAGAUAUUCUAGAAACAAGAUGCAACACUGAUAUUUGAUGAACUAUUUACCUUCUGGUGAUCUAUACGAUAAUGAUAGCCAGGAAAACUGAUGCAAAUGUAGCUGCAAGAACAAUAAAUUGCACAGAUUCUGUAACGUGUUAUAGAAAAUACACAAAGCUCAGGAGAUAACAUGAUUGAAAGUGUUUCUUUUUAAUCAAACUCUUGCUAAGUUGAUGAUGCACUGUGAUAGAAUAUGUCAGACUUGAACUAUUUUUGUAGUAAAAUGUGUUCAAUUGCAUUAAAACAAGCGUGAUUUGAACCUC